GAGCUGUACUAGCCUACUCUGCACCCGGUAUCCGCCCAUAUUCGCGUUAAGGCCAAGCUCAGCUGAAUUGAGAGUAUCAGGCCAAACGCUGGAUCAAAUGUAAAGUUAAAUCGAUUAAUUUCCUUACUUUCGUCUGCUUUUUCAAAGAAGUUAAAUCUACACAAAUGGGACCGUUUCAUUGUGAAGUAGGAAAUGUAGAGAUCGUGUGAAAAGCGAGGAUUAUCUGCUUGACUUGUUAUUUGGUCUCUACUUCGGACGCGGAACUCCAUACGCUAAAGGUGAACGAUGACAGAAUACAAGCUGGUGGUGGUGGGGGCUGGAGGCGUGGGCAAGAGCGCACUCACCAUCCAGCUCAUCCAGAACCACUUUGUGGAUGAAUAUGACCCCACCAUCGAGGACUCAUACAGGAAGCAGGUGGUGAUUGACGGGGAGACAUGUCUGCUGGACAUCCUGGACACUGCAGGUCAGGAGGAGUACAGCGCCAUGAGGGACCAGUACAUGAGGACAGGGGAGGGCUUCCUCUGUGUCUUCGCCAUCAACAACACCAAGUCCUUCGAGGACAUCCACCACUAUAGAGAGCAGAUCAAGCGGGUGAAAGACUCAGAAGACGUGCCCAUGGUGCUGGUGGGGAACAAGUGUGACCUGCCGUCCCGGACAGUGGACACCAAACAGGCUCAGGACUUAGCGCGCAGCUACGGCAUCCCGUUCAUUGAGACCUCGGCCAAAACCAGACAGGGUGUCGAUGAUGCAUUUUACACAUUAGUGCGGGAAAUCCGAAAACACAAGGAGAAGAUGAGCAAGGAGGGCAAAAAGAAGAAAAAGAAGUCCAAGACAAAGUGUAUACUCAUGUGAAUAAUGACCACCCCCCUUUUCAAGAUAGACAAAAAAAGAAAAAAUGUGUUCAAACCUUUUAAGUAAUACAUUUUUGUACAUUACACUAAAUUAUUAGCCUCUUUAUCUAAGUACCCACAA